GCCCUCACCUUCACACCACAUCCCUCGUCACCUUUGACCCUCGCAUACCAUACCAUCGCGGUGAAAUCGCAUCCUUGAGCUCCCAACGCUCGUCGAAUAUAGCCUAGAACUGAUAUCUCGCACUCCCUGGCUCUGCGACUGCCCUUAGCCUGUGUUCCAUAACCCCCCUGUUUAUGCGCCGCGAGAUCUAGCAAGGCCCGAGGGCAUUUCCCUGAAGUGUCGUCUCCGCGCGAGACCGCACACUCUCCUGAGACACAACAUAGAGGCUCCCGCAGUUGGGCUUCCAGUCUAAUGUCAUUAUGUCUGGCCCGUAUAGAUUCACGCAGGAUUCAGCUCGGUCGCCGCUAGACAGACAAGCACCCAACGUCUUCCAAGCUGGUCAGCCGCCAUCCUUCAAAACAAAUGUCAAUCGCGCGAAAACAAAGAAGUGGGUGGAAGCCAAAAAGAAUGCAUACGAUGGCGACGAUUGGGGUGAUUACGACGAGUACGACGAGUACGGUACAGAGCAAGCUCCUCCUCCACCGCCACCACCACAGGAGCCCGCCUAUCGCCCACGGAUAGGUGAACCGUCCAGGAGCUUCACGGAUCCCAUGCAGCAAGGUCCUCCGCGCGCCGCAAGACGAAAUUCCUUUGAGAUGGGAGACGAGUCUCGAACAUUCUCUUCUGCGUACCCUCAAUCAAGCCAGGCGGGAGUGGCUCACGGUGGGCAACAACCUUACGGGCAGCAACCACAUGGCGCAUCCGUGCCUGCGCCUACUGUGGACACGAGGCACCCGGGAAUCAGACAAGCAAGCGCUGCGGAAUCGGAUACAAGUGACACUCCGCAACAUAGAAGGGACUUCAGUCCUUCCGCUCUGCCCCCGCCGCUCGUGACGCGAUUGCCCGCAGCUGGAGGGACUGGCUCUGAACCGCAGUUCGCUCCCAAGAGUGUUCCAGCUCAGUAUGAUUCACCAACCGCCAUGUCCCCAACGGAUCGCGACACUGGGAAACCUCUUCCCUUCAUCCGUCCGGCUGAUAUAUACAAACGCGCCGAGGAAGAGCGCCAGAGGGAGCGUUCUUCAAUAGACUCGUCACGUCCGAGCAUAGAUUCUAUGGGCCACCCUAGAAAUCAACCGUCAGUAGUGAACGAUGCAGGCAAUGCGCCUAAUGCCGCGGUGGGUAGCAACAUUGCGGACUCUACGCAGGGAUCUAUCGCUCAGCAAUCGGAGAGUUUUUCCAACCAGCCCAAGAUACCACCGGUGCGGGGUCUAUCAGCUUUCGACAAUGAGUUUUGGUCGGAUACUGCCCAGAUCGGACAACCGUCGGUCACAGCACCUCCAGAUGACCAGGGCUUCCGCUCAGUUGUUGACCAAGCAUUCACUCGCAGCGAUGAUCAGAGAUCAGUGCCACCUACCCCAAUUUCGAAACAGGACGACGAGGAAGGGAUCUCGCGAAGUAACACCAACAGCACGGCCGGAAUCAGUCCAAUCAUGAGCCGCGUCCCGAGCUCUGCAACGGCAGCACUGAAAACUCGCAACCAGCUUGGUGGUGAUGGAAGCACCCCUGUUAUUGUCGAAGAGGCGAGUGAAUCUACUCCGCCCGGUUCUCGACCAACGUCUUCAGGUAUGCUUAAAGGGCCGUACCAGGUUGCACGAAAACCUUCCCCCAGCCAAUCUCGCACUGUUUCCAGCACGUCCCUACCCCAGAGUGGUCUUAUCACGCCUUCUCGUGGCCAAAGCCCUGCUCGCGCACCCGCCUUACAAUCUCAACAACCGACACGCGAACCUGAGUCUGCUUUCCUUAGCUCUGAUAAGUCUCCUGUUGACGCUAUGGAAGGAGGUCUUAGUGGACCCUCUGCUGAGUAUGCGGACCGUGAAGCCGAUAUCGCGUCGGCAGUUAAUUCGAGCCCGGAGCACAUUCCCCCCGGCCUAGGUGCUGCUUCCAAGGAAUCUCGAGACGCCUUUCUUGAUUCUCAUCAGAAUGCUCAGUCACCAAUUCACGACAGCCUUCCACGAUCCCGCUCAGAAUCGCCCAGCAAAGGUCGUGUGCAAGAGCUCGCUGGAAAGUUCGGAGAUGUCUCCCAUUCGCGAAGAGGGUCAGUGCAGUCCAAUGCAUCAAGGACAAGCGUUCAAUCCUGGGAGAAAAGCCAAGAUAACUCAAGACCUUCGUCUCCUACAAAGCCAGCACCUGCCACGGAAAGGCCGACAGCGGCUCGAGAAGUCAGCUUCCGACCAAAAUUGCCAGGUCAAUGGGAAUCGUCUGCAACAACGGAUCAGUUGCCUUCGGAUUCUAAUUUGGGCUCGAGCGCAACGGAAGUAGCCAACGACACGGCGCAUGUUGGCGAAAACAAUGCCGUGACGUCGCCACUUGGUGCUGUUGAUUUGACUCCUACUACGGACAAACAUGCCAUCUCGUCCGCUGAGCCGUCCAAAUCGGAGACGGACCCACUUGCGGCGCUCAAAGCAGCCGGUAAUGCCAUUGGUGAUGCGCUUCACGCAUCAGUCGGGUCGAGCUUCAUGCAACCUACAGACAAUCGCGAAGGACAGGAGCAUGCCCGCUCUGUGGGCGAUGUCUAUCUCUCUCGUCCUCAACUUGAUCGAGCAGCUUCCUCGACAGCUUCAAGCAUCCCUCCAACUCCACCAGAGAAGGACACUCCAGAAUUCGAAGAUGUGCCGCCUCCCCCACCUCUGAAAGAGAAAAGUCCCGAGCCCACUUCUCCAGGCAGCCAGCUGCAGACUCCAACAAGGCCAGCUAUGCUGCCCCAGUUGAGUACCGAUCCGUCUGCUCAUGAUCAAGAAAGCGACAGGCUUCGAAAGGAGAUUGUUGCAAGUUUGAGUCCGCUACGGGCCUCAGAAACUGCCGGUUCCGAUCCUAGUCACAUGUCACUUCAACCUGAUCCUGCAUCUACCAAGCAGCGAGAGAGUUCAAUCUUACCCAGUGAAUAUGACAGCUAUUGGGCUGACGAUGAUGAUGGUUCCCGUCGACCAUCUCAGGACCUUAAGCGCAGUGGCACCGAGCAAUCUGUUGUAGCUUCGGGGCCAUCAGCAGUGCCUCCUCCUUCCGUGCCACAGCCGUCUCUGCUCAAUCGGUUCAGCUGGGAGGCAUCAAAGGCAUCGGACGCAGAUGAGCAAGCACAAGCCGGUGCUGGUGCUCAACCGUCAGUUGGGCAGGAAGGAGAGUCUUCCCAAUCACAAACGAACCCGCAAUUAGAGACCAAGGACUCUGUCCAGUCGUUCGAAGGUGUGCCCGAGCCAUUCUUUGGACCCGGCCACACGCCUGCAACAGCUCCUCCAGAUCCAGCCAACGAUGCACAAUUGAACGUGCGUGCUCCCACUCCACCUCCAGAAUCUGCCAACGAACCUGCUAGUCCAGCAGAGUUUGGAAGUGAGCCGGAGAGGGUGGCUUCACCUGCGUCUGGUCUACAUGUGGUCAACUCUGCCAUCAACCCUGAGGCUGUAGACUUGCCUCCCCGCCUCAGUGCUGAUGCGUCCCCUGCAUCGCAGCCUCCCCAGGCUAUUGGCAGCCAGGAGGACACUUCAACCCCCCAGGCCAAAUCAGCAUUGAAUGAUGCCGUAGUGCCCGCGUCUCCUACUGCACCGCAAUCUGCUACUUCGCCAACUGAAAGGUCUCCCACAGGAGAUAAGCCAUUGGGAUUCCGAGACAUUGCUAACAUCAAAUCCCCAUCAGAGAGGAUAGUCACAUACAACAAGACUAGAGAUUACUGGGCCAACGCAGAUCAUGGCCUGAAUGAAUGGAUUGCUUCUGCUUUGAUCACCAAUCCUGAGCUCGCAUCUCAGACACCAUCUCAGCCACGACCGUUCGUCAAUUCCUCGGCCUCGAUGUCAUCGCGUCACAAAGCAACCCCUUCGCUUUCCCUAUUCAGCAAACAUCACAGCGUUCAGUCUCAGCACCCCGACCAACAAGGCUCUCCCAUUACUGCGCCAAGUUUGUCGAGUGGACCUGGAGAACAUCGUCCUGCCGGCUCUAGUUCUGGCGGUCCCGGUGCAAGAAUCACGAGCCAACAGAUGCAGGCUAAAGGAAAGGAUCUACUGCACACUGCUGGCGUGCUGAGCGGCAAGGGCAUGACGGGAGCUAAGGGACUAUUCGCAAAGGGAAAGAGCCGGUUCAGGGCAAGCGGAAGUGGCGAUAAGGACGCCCCUUCCGACUCCGCGCCCUCUUCGCGCGAGGCAUCCGAGGAGCCCGAAUGGGUCACCGUUACGCCCCGAAUGUCCAUGGAGACUCCCACCGAGAGCCCCAAAGACUCCAAAAAGAAACGCCGCUUCUCGUCCCCGUUCCACCGCUCCAGCCGCUCCCGCUCGCGACCGAACUCCAUCGCGCUGCCCCUCGACUUCGGAUUCGGCGCCACGCCGAGGAGCACUCCGCCCCGCGAGACGCCGCCCCCACUGGACUUGGUUGGACGGCCGAGCAGGGAGGAUGGUAGCAGUCGCGCACACUCAUUCCGCGCGCCAGACGACUGGGACGUCGUCGGCGGGUACGACAUUGCACAGCCACAGGCGACGAGUCUGCACACCUUAGGCUCCACCACCACCACUACCACCGCUGCCACGCCGCCGCGCUCCGUCCCAGACAAUACUCGACCUCCCGAACGACUGGGGAUCCUGCCCAGCCCUGCGACGAGUGCGUUCUCGAUUAUCAACCGCGGCAGGGAGGGCAGCGACGGAGAGAUUCCACCCGUCCCACCGAUUCCGAACGAGAUUGAGGGGGCCGAGACGGCGAGCCAGAGGAUGUUGGAGUCGGUGGUUAGGUAUUCGAGUCCUUCGCCGAUAGAGGGAAUAGAGGGGAGAAUGUUGGGCGCGAGUCCGAUGCUGGAAAGGGACACGAUUGCUGGAGCAAUUGAAGAGGAAUCUUCAGAGGAAGUCAAGGGUCACGGAAGGGCUGAUGAAGAUGUUGCGAAUGAUGCUGGACCGAACGCGGGCUUUGUUGAAAUUCAACCAGUUGCCGUACAUAAUGAUGCGAACGAUAAGGGCGCAAUCGAAGACACAUCUGCGGAGGAAAACAAGAAUCACGGGAAUAUCAACAUCGACGAAAACGAUACAAGCGAGACUGGAGCAAUCGAAGAGACAUCUUCAGAAGAAGGCACAGGUCUUGGAAACCUAAAGGUUAGCGAAAACGAUGCAAACGACGCUGGAUCAGAUGCAGAUUCUGAUGAAGUUCAACAAGUCGCCGGAAGCGAUGAUGCAAAUCGCAAUGGAGUUAUCACGACAAAUAAACAAAUAACACCAGAAGAGGCUUCCCAGGAGCCUUUCCAAAUGCUGGUCAAAGAGGCAAUGGGUCAGGUUGAUGAUGAUUCGUCUCAGCAGCCGGACGAAGUACUCGAAGUCGUUGCUCAGCCAUCAAUUGAGAUCGACAAUGGGCGCAGGCAGCAGCCUGAUGAGGACAAAGUCCGAGAACCCCGAGAUGCAACAGAUGAAGAUCAUGGCAAGCAACCAAACCCUUCAUCUGAGAUACAAACCGAGGCUGCUGCGAGUACUUCUCCAGCGACAGAGACUUCCUCCGAGGUGCAGUCUCCCAAUGUGGGUCUUAAACCUGUAGGGCCGAAUGUCGGCUCCAUUGAGACAAGCAACGAGGUUGAGUGCUACGAUGACGAUGACCAGCCACCAGUUUUGAAUCACGACCCGCUUCCCGCAACACCAUUACAAUCGCCAGGGACCGUGCCCGUGGCGGCGUUUUCAAGCGACGCCGCCCCUAGGAACGCGCCAAACGGGACAUCACAUGACGAGGAAGUAGUGAGGAUCGGAAGGCUGCCAAUACGAGUCGAUGUAAGCCCUAUGAUUUCUGCCACCAAACCAGUCCUCAUCACUGCACCUGCCUCCUCGCACACGUCACAGCCAGGCAUGAGCAGCGGGCGCCUAGAAAUAGGGGCAGGCGACGUCUCACCCAUCUCAACGCACCAGCUAGACGAUGAAGUCGACGGGAGCGACGAGGCUGAAAGCAAUCGCAAAGGUGGAAUAAAAGCGAUGCGAUCGCCGCCCGGACGCGAUCAGGCAACGACCAACACGACAUACGCGACAGAUGCGACUGCGGAUGCAGAUGCAACACCGACAAUGAGAAAACAGCCGCCCCCAAAGGUGAUGACGAUGAUGAGCCCAGCGUCGGCAUCCAUUGGUACUCCCAUGCGAGAAUUCAAGCAGUACCUGGAGAGCGCAUUUGGCGACAGAGAAGAGGAGGAGCAGCAACAGCACCAGAAGAAUGUUUCUGUCGUGAACCAUCAGCAAGAACGACCACAAGAGGGGGAGCAGCAGCAGCAGGGGCAGGGGCAGCGACAGCAACCCGUGCAACAACAGCGACCAAAGCAGCAGCAUCAGCAGCAAACCGAAUUUGAUUCAGCCGCAUCAGGCGAGGCCGAGAACCAGGGCUCAGGACCAGGCUCAGGACCAAAAGCCAAGAUGCCUGUAAUCAAGGGUGACGAUGGUGAGGAGGGAGAUCUAACACCGCGCGCCCCGCAAGCGAGUGGCAGUGGAAGUGGCAGUGGCACGGAUAGCGUGACAGGGCCUGAUGCGCUCUUGGCAGCCGCUAGACCUCCUUUGCAACAACGUCUCUCUGCUUCCCCAUAUCAAGUCGUCCACGCCGUCGAGUAUUUCGCUCAAUCCACUUCCUCAUUCGAGACAGAGGCAUGGGACCAGGAGAGUGUCGGCAUUCCGUCUCAGUCUGGAGGUAGCCGGCGUGGUAGCCAGCGUAUUGAUAAGCUUGAUGACAGUGACGCGCCCCCUAUGCCUAGCCCUGCCAUCCCAACCCUCGAACAGCAUCAAGUCAAUAAGCAACCAUCAAGCUCAGGCACUUAUCCAAUGAAAGCAAUGCCGCCGAGCAUUGCGAUCGGUGACUAUGGGCCUCGAUCGGCACCCACCCAUCUAGAGCCUAAACAACGUCAUUCAGGCGAUGCCCUGGACCUUCCAGCAGAGUCUCCUCCGUACCACAAACGUACUGAAUCGCUUUUAUCUGCGAUAUCUUCGGCGGUCUCUGCCGAUGGUGGACCCUAUUCGCCAGCUUCAAGCGGGGGACGAUCCCGUCCUUCGAGUCGCCAGAAGCAGGCAUCGCCAGGAAAAGCACCCACAGUUGGGCCAGUCGCGGAAGAACCGGGUCCAUCCAAACCAUCGACUUCUGCUGUUUCUGACAGCGAUGACUAUGAUUUGUACGCGGAUCAUGAUGGAGUCGUGAAGGACGUCAAGGAUGAACUUGGUCAGCCACUUAGGGUUGGUACGGGCGAAACUCCCGUGAUAUCGAACGGCACGAAUUCGAAAGCGCCGGUUGCCCCAGUACCAGUCCCAGUACCAGUACCAGCGGAAGAGGAGCUGGAAGAGCCGCCCACCAGAUACAGCAUAGAGCGUCCCAUGAGCUUCGUUUCGAGCCAUCGUGAUGCAAACGGCAGGCCUCAAGAUCAGAUAAAUCGACCGCCCACAGGUACAGCAGAUAAGGAUGCGCCACCCGUACCUCAGAUUCCUGGGCAGUUGCUCGCUCAGCAGGCUCAACCCCGUCCAUCUGGGCCCUCUGUAGCAGACAAUUCGCAUGCACAAAGUAUCAACCAGCCUAACGGAAUUGGCAAGAAUUCUCCAGAUGCACAAUCGGGAUAUCAGACUAUAUCUCCUCCCAACGGAAGUAUACGAUCUGCUGAUGGCCAGUCUCAACCACAGAGCCAGGUGUCAUCACCUCCGAUGAGCAACGUCUCUCCCCUGCCCCAAGCAGCAGCUCUACAGGCGCCCAACCAGAGAAAUGCACCUCUUAACCCCAUGGCGCAAAAUGCAUCACUCCAAGGCUUCCGGAUGCAAGAUCCUAUCAGACAGGACCCUCGUUUCCAAGAUCCUAGAUUCUUCCAGCAGAAUCAACAAAGACAACCAACGCUGAACGCGCAAGGGUAUUCUCAGGAUCCACGGUCGCAACAACUAAUGGGGCCUCCUGCCAGUGAGUAUGAACGUCAACAACAAAUCAUGAUGGCACAACAGCAACAAGCUAGAGACCCACAUUUUCUGUCCAGGUUGUCGAUGGAACAUACAAGGAAACAGGAAGAGAAGGCUUCUUCGAAACCAAAACUUUCAGCCGUCUUCAAAGGUCUAGGUGGUAAGAUUCACUCGAAUUCAUCAAAGACUCCUACUCCACCGCCACCAAGCAAUGCCAUCGGCAAUGUACCACCAAAUGCGGACCCGAAUGGCAUGGCUUCCUAUCAACCGUCACCAAGCCAAGAUCCUGCAGAUCAAGCUGCAACUCGUGGUCUUAGGCGGACUAGUGGCGUAGGACCUCCAGCGCACCGACGUCGCAGCCUUGGGGUAGAAUCGCAUAUUUCCCACGUCUCCCAAGAUAGCACCAAAGUCCAAGCCGCAGACUCGCGACUCGAUCUUAGAUACCCCUCGAGCCCUGCCCCAUCUCAUGGGAUCCCACCUCAGCAGCCGCCGCCUGGUGCAUCUCCACGCCCUUCCCCGCAGCAACGCGUCACGUCCACAGGCGUACCGGAAACAGGGAAGAAGAAGAGGUUCUCUGCUCUAGGGGGUCUGUUCAACCGGAGCUCGACCGCAAAUAACAUCCCGACGACGAAAGUCAAGUUGAGCAAGGAAGAGAAGAAGGCCCAAAAGUCUCAGAAGCAUCCAAUUGCCCCCCAAGUCCAGGCCCCCGCCGUGCAGCAAUGGCCAGGUCAGGAUCCGAGGAUGCAAAUGCGCCCUGGACAGCAAGCUAUGCCGCCGUAUGGUCAGCCUUUGGCUCCUGGGCAGUCGUAUCCUGGUAUGCCGCAUCAGGGAAUGCCGCCACAGGGAAUGCCUCCGCAGGGAAUGCCUCCGCAGGGAAUGCCUCCGCAGGGAAUGCCUCCGCAGGGAAUGCCUCCGCGGGGAAUGCCGCCUCAGGGCUACCCUCCUCAGGGUCAGCCUCAACAGCCAAUGCCUCCGUACAACGAACAGCAAAGGCAGCACGCUAUCCAAAUGCAAAUGCAAAUGCAGAUGCAGAUGCAGAUGCAAAAUCAACAGCGUCCCCAGCAAGGUCCCCAACAAGGUCCCCAACCAGGUUCCCAACAAGGCCCAAAUCCAUCGGCGGAAUCUGCUUACCUAGGCACUCGGCAGCUCCGAAUGGUACACGAUUCCCGGCGGUCCAGUGAGCAACAUGGUCGACCAGGGCCAGGUACCCAGUCUCCAGUUGCUGUUCACAGGCCAUCUCAAGAGGACGAGGGCCAGCCACCGUAUGAACCUCCUCGCGAAGGUUACUAUCAGCCGGAUCGUAAGCUUCCUCUGCCAGAGCAAUCUCCUGCAACUCCGCAGUCGGCUCCUCAGCAGCCAUUCCGACAGCAACCUCCACAACUUUUAUCUGCCCCUACUAAUCAGUCUGUACGGAGUGUGUCAUCACCGAUUCCCAAUCCUAGCUUCGAUUCCGCUGCGCCGAACAACCAGCGUCGUGUGAGCUCUCCGCCCAGUGGUAUCACGUACGAAACUCCUCCCAUCCCAGCAGCCUAUACCCAUGUUCAAGGUGCCUACAUAUCGUCUGGCAGCGGAUAUGCACCGGACCAGCAACACUCUCAGCCUCCACCCGCCCAUACAACUAGGCAAAACUCGGAUGGGCAGAUGCAACCCCUAUCACCACAGAUAUCUGGUCAGUCUCAGUAUGUUGCCGGGCAGCGUCACAAUUCGGAUUCUAGCUCUGUGUCCUUGGUGUCGCCAGUCGUUGCCCCUAACCAGGGAGCGCCAAAUGAGAACCCACAGCAGCGAAACCAGAACAGAAUGAGCAGCAUUUCGGAGGGCUCCACAGUAGAGCGACCCUGGAAUCUGAAUCUGCCUGCUGGUGCCACGGAACAAGAGAUCGUGCGUGCGCGACAAAGACAAUACAUGGAGCAGCAAAUCGCUCAUAAUCAGCAAUUACAUGCUGAAAGGACGGGCAAAUCUCCAUCGCCGCAGCCAGCUAGCCAGGCUCAAUCUCAGUCUCCACAGAUCGCAGCUGCGAGAGCUCAUCAACAGCAGCAACAGCAGCAGUUACAUGGGCACCAACAAUCCCCACAUCACCACAGUCCGCAAGGUGGUUUCCGGGAGGUUCUUCCACGCAGCCCUGCUCAUUCUAUAGACCCUUCGCAGGAACAGCAUGUCUCGAGGCCCAUGGCAGAGAACCAACAUCAGCAACAACCUCCACAAGUACCCCAGCCAGGGAACCAGCGGCCAGCUCAACCUGCACCAAUACAUCCCAACGCGCCCAUUCAACCUGCAGCCUACCCUCUUCCCCUCUCUCCUCAGACCAUCCGAAGUCCUGUAGAUCCUAGAGCAAGUACGCUACCACCGCCACCUCCACCAGACCACAUGGGAAGGCCAGGCUUCCCGGCCAGCCAGCCUCCACCCAUCCGCCCGCAGGAGCACAGCCAAAUGCAGGGGUAUGACAGUCAGUCUGGGACUCAACGGUCAGACUAUGAUCAGCCACCAGACGAGCCACCGCCUUCCUACGACGGCCCUGGCAUAUCCAACGAGGGUAUGGAUAAGGAGCGCCACCGACCUCCACAUAUCACGAUUGACAAUGAAGACCGUGCUCGCGAACCCCGCCAGCGUCAAGCCUCCAUAGGAAUCUUGCAACAUCCUACUCCAGCCACGAUGGCAGCUUCGCCCCAACGAUCGUCCGCCGAUAUGGGUGCCGACAGCCUCAUGCGCCAAAUGCUCCAGUCCGAAGAGCGCGAUCGGGUAGAACGACUCCAACGAGCCGAGGCACAGAGGAUAGAGAACCAACGCGUCCGGGAGGAGCGAGAAAGAGCUCGUGCUCGUGCUAGAGAGUUGGAGCGCAGUGUCUCUGGCGGAGGCAGAGUCAGCAGCCUCAGAAGUGUGCGGGGAAGCACAAAUGGCAACACCUGGGUCGCCAGGUCGGGAACCACAGCUCGGCCUGUUUUCGAACUGCCUGCCGAAGAAGAUGACGAACCUGUCAUGAGGGCCACCAGUUUCCCCGGUCAGGAAUGGGUGCCAACAUGGCACGAGGAUUAGAUCACCGCUUCUUCGUUUUGCCUUUCUUCUUGUUUUAUUCUUGGCCAAAGCUCGAAGCGCUCGAACUUUGUGCCCUUUCCUUGAGUCACUUUGCGCACUUUCCGCUUUCGCUUUUAAAUAAUUUGAACACUGAUCAGUACUUUCGGCGGCAUUUACAAAACUUUUCUUUUUUUUCCAUAUACCAAAGCAAAUCUUGGAUUGGACGUUGGAUACCCACAUUUCCCUUCAAGCUUUCCAUUUCAUCUCCAAAAUUCUCUUACUGUAUUUCAUACCAUCCUACUUCAUCAAUAACUCUCAACCUAACACAUUUGUAAUUACAUUCGAAUCAAAACUUCUGACUCACAGGAGAUCCGUGUUCAAUAAUUAAUAUACCG